AUGGCGGACUACAACUAUGGUCUCCCAACUGACUCUGUUUGGGAAGAGGCUCUUAACACUUCUUCCUCCUUUCUCCUCCAACCUUCUCAACCGCUUCCCACUCAAACCCCGGCUCUCCCUUACAAAGCGCCCAAUUCCAUCUCAGCUACUGGAGCCCAACCUUACGUCUCCUCUGCUCAAGAGGACGCGGCCGCUUCAGGCAGUACAACCCUCUAG